UUUGUCUUGUUUCAAGUCGGUUGCUUUGGCGAUAUAUCAAUAUAUCUCAGACAUCCCUGCCAAGUUAGUCGUGCUCCGCUAGUCGUUGUUGACGGUUUUGUGUCUCUCUCGGUCCCGGUCCCGGAUCCGCUUCUCCUCCGCUGCUGUCUCGUCGCCGCCUCCGUCUAACCGCGCGUCGAACCAAGUCGAAGUCCGCCUUUAAGCCUUUAAUCCGUCCCAAUUGGGCAGUGUUUGACAGGACUCGGACGCAGCCUGCAACAAAGUAUAGUGAUAAGAACGCUACACAGCGCCCCAGACCCCAGACCCCAUCACCAUCCCCAUCCCAUGAGUGGAGUGUGUGUCGACAAUCGCCCAAAUAAUUGUUCCAACAUUCACGACGCGCGGCUCCCCAGUGCACCCACGGGCCCCAGAGGAGCGCCAGCCGGACAUUUUCGGCCAAUUUUGGCCAUCCGCUGUCCGCUGACCGCCGACCGCAGUCCUGUGCUCCAAGCAAGUGCACCAGCAACUCCGACUCAAGCUCGACAAACCUGCACCGCAUCCGCCUCGCACCGCAUGCUCUGACCAGACCAGCUCGCAGAACAAGGACCCCAACCACAAGGAUAAACAAAAUACAGAGAGACUUGGAAGGAUUUCACUAGCAUUGGCAGCAGCAGCAGAAGCAACCACUACACAGUAACACAAUGGCCUUAAUUAUGAAAUACAUCGACACCGUAACCAGGUACCUGGACUCACAUGGUGACUCAAGGACAAAGGACUGGCCCAUGAUGUCAUCCCCGUUUCCCACACUGGCUGUGUGCCUCACAUACGUCUACCUGGUCAAGGUGCUGGGACCGCGGUUAAUGGAGAAUCGGAAGCCCCUGCAUCUCCAGAACACACUAGUCCUCUACAAUGCCAUACAGGUUGUAUUCAGCGCGUGGCUAUUCUACGAGAUAGGCAUUUCCGGUUGGCUAACUGGACAUUAUAGCUUCCGAUGUCAGCCAGUCGACUAUAGUAAUAAUCCUAGAACGUUAAGGAUGGUCCAUGCCUGCUGGUGGUAUUACUUCUCAAAGUUCACAGAGUUCAUGGAUACGAUUUUCUUCGUGUUGCGCAAGAAGACCAGCCAGGUAACGACGCUGCACGUCAUCCAUCACGGCUGCAUGCCCAUGUCGGUCUGGUUCGGCGUGAAAUUCACUCCAGGCGGCCACAGCACCUUCUUCGGACUGCUCAACACAUUCGUGCACAUCGUGAUGUACACCUACUACAUGUUCUCGGCCAUGGGUCCCCAGUACCAGAAGUACCUCUGGUGGAAGAAGUACCUGACCACCCUGCAGAUGGUCCAGUUCAUCCUGAUCAUGGUGCACGCCUUCCAGCUCCUCUUCAUUGACUGCAACUACCCGAAGGCGUUCGUCUGGUGGAUCGGCAUGCACGCCGUCAUGUUCUUCUUCCUCUUCAACGAGUUCUACAAGGCAGCCUACAGGAACCGUCUGAUGAAAAAGAACGCGCUGCUGGCCAACGGGAACGCCAAGCCGAAUGGCUACUGCAAGAGCAUCAAUGCCCACGACGACCUGGCCAUGCCCCAGCCGACGGCCGCGACAGCGACACCGGUGUCGAAGGACAACGGCAGCGCGGCGCUGCUCACCAACGGCCAUGCGAAUGGGCUGAGCAACGGCUACAAGCAGCUGGCCAACGGCAAUGCGCCGGCGUCGACGACGACGCAGAACGGCCACAAGGGAGGAGCAGGGCCAAACGGCCUGCUGACGAACGGAUAUGCCACCAAGCUGCUGGACGACGCCUCCCAGGACCUGAAGCAGCGGAAGACGCAGAAAUAAUAUCGGGGCAAAGCGGGGCGGCGCCAGCACAGAGCCUAGGACAGGGCACCAUGGAUCAGCAGCGCCGGGAGCUGCCCUCGGAAUGGGGGGAGCUCCACAAGUCAUUACCACGUCACACGUCUCGUCACGUCACUUUCUCCCAUUCUCAUCCGCACACACAAUCAAACACACACACACACACAGAAAUACAAAUAAAACCACACAAACACCGAUACACAGUGUGGAGAAACGCCGAGAAUGAAUGGGAAAACUCCCAAAAGUCUAAACGAAAGCUUAAACAGUGGGCAUGUUUUACCUGUACGUAAACGGGCAGAUAUUCUCCACUCUACACUCCCCCAGCACCACCCCACCCCACUCCAUGGACAUACAGUCAUGCUGAGAGUAUGCGCGCAGGCAUACCUAUUUAUGCAUCCCUCCCCCCUCAUAAACCAUAUUCAAAUGUAUAGGCAUUGCCCCCAAUAGGCGAAAAUCAUCAGAAUCAGAAUCAAAAUCAAAAUCAGAGAUCCCACACUUAUGCAUACAUGAGAGUGUAUACAUACAUUUAUUACACCUAAACAUACAAUAUUUUGUUGCUUCUUUUCUUUUAAAACACACCCACACACACAUACUUUAGUUGUACAAAGCUUACUACAAAUUAGAAGUACAGUAAGUACCAUGAGAAUUGUAUAAAACGCAAAAACAAAUCCACAACAAAAGGAAGAAACCAAACGGGAGCCCGGCGCAUAAACAAACAAUUUAUAAACUAAAAAGCUUAUUCAAGUUUAUUAAAUUGUAUUUGUGUGUGUGGAGCAUGGAAUUCAACUAUUUAAGGCUAGAAUUUAACUUAUAUUAUACACAUACACACAUCCACACAUGCACACACGUACACGUAUAAAUAAUAAUUAAAGAAAAGAAAAGAAAAAGAUAAAAAGAGAGUUUGCUGGCGUGGCAGUCAACGACGAGUUUUGUAAAUGUAUAGAUCAGAAAACAAGUGUAACUUAAAAUUAGGCACAAUAAUUGUUACAAAUAAAAGUCAAGCAAAAUAGUCAACCACACUAUUUAAGUCAGGCAGAACCAAAACCCGAACCAGAAACCCCAAGCCCCAAAAGCAUACCCUACCCGAGUAUUGGGAUUGGAUUGGGCCAAACUAAACAAAACAAAAACAAAAUAAAUAAAACAGAGAAAUCGAUUACGAACCAAGUACGAAAAAAACAACCGACUACCCACAUAAUGUUUCAUUAAUUUAUUAUAAAUAAAUGAUGCCGCUGAGCGAAGAGAGCGAAUCCAGAAAAACAAGGCAAACGUGAGAUCGGAAUUGGCAUACAUACAUACAUACAUAGAGGUAUUGGAUCGAUUGAAACAACAAAUUAGACUGUAAGUCCCCCCCACAAACACACACACACACAAUCUGGGUUCUAUACGAGUAGAUAUGCAAUUUCCAGACAAUUUUGUAUGCGAAAUACCCAUUUUUGUGGAGCAGUAACGAGUAUGUAAACCCACAACCCCAACCCCUACCUAUCCCCCUACCUAUGUAAUUAUUAUUAUACAAAAAACAGAAACAAACCACAUUGCAAAAACAACAACAAAAUGUGUAGAAAAUUAGGCGAAAACGGAGUGGAGCAUUUUUUCAAUAAAAACACUAAACAAAAUA